UGGCAGGGCAGGACCAGCUGGUGCUUGCCUGGAGAUGCCCUAGCCGGGCUGGGAGCUGAGUGCACCUUCCCCACGGCCUCUGAGGACUGGCUCCUGCGGUGGGGCAAGGAGCAGAGAGCUGGUUUCUGGGGCUCCUUGCGGAUACGGAAGCUGGAGCCAGAGAGCCCCUCUUGCUGUCCUGUCUGGAUACAGGCUCCGGGUUCUGGGUGAAGAGCCACAUCGGCGUCCUGUGGCCCACUCGAGGGGCUGGCUUUAGACGUGUGGAUUUGGGGUUCGGGGCUUUCGUGCUAUGGUUCCCCUGAGGGGACCCCCAUUGCAGGUCGCUGUGCCCUGUUCCUGAGAGCCGAGGUGCACGUGCACGAGACCAUGAGGCCUGUGUCUCCUGCAAGUAGCACAUCCCCCCUGGGGCUGCUGAACCGGGGCCCGGAGUAUCUCCGCAGGCAGAUGGAGGUGGGGAGCAGGGGCCGCACCCCAAGUGCCGUGGAGAGGCUGGAAGCCGACAAAGCCAAGUACGUCAAGACCCAGCAAGUGAUCAACAGCCGGCAGGAGCCGGUGCUGCGUAGCUGCCCCCCGCGGCCUUCCCCUCGCAGCAGGAGGCGCCUGACUCUCCACCAGUGUCACGAGCUCUGUCAGAGCUCAGAGCUGGGCCGAGACAGCCCCAAGCAGAACGGCCCCAGGAAGCUGCUGCCUUCCCCGCAGUCCCCCGUGGCGCGCAGGGGCAGCAGCAGCAAACGCCUGCUGAGGCCCGACUCGCUCAUCAUCUACCGGCAGAAACGGGACUGCACGGCCGUCACCACGGAGAACGCCAAGGGCUCCGGCCUGGUCAGGCGGCUCUUCCAGGGGCCUCUGAGAGACAAACUCCCCAGCUCCCCCUCCUCCAGGGGCCUGGGCGACGGGCGGCAGGGGCCGGAGAGAGACGAGACCCCCAUGGUGUGGGUGCCGGUGGAGAAGGAGGCUGCUAGAACGCAGGGCCCAGGGGGCGGCAUCUUCAGCCCGAACGUGAGCCCUGUGACGCAGCCUCCAUGCAGCUGCCAGACGCCCCUGCCCAGCCCCGAGUCGGGGCCAGGCCGGAAGGAGGCCAAGAGGGAGCUGGGCCGAGGCUGCUCCCUGCCCCUCUCUGAGAAGGAGAGGUUUUUCAACUACUGUGGCUUGGACCGGGACCUGGUGGAGGUGCUGGGCAGGGAGAGGUUCAGGCCGGCUGGCUGGGACACGAGCUCCUCCUUGCUCCUGGGGAGCGCGGGCUCGGCCGGCUCGGAGUGCAGCGGGCCAGCCCACUCCAGCGGCUGCGCAGCGGGGCCCGACGCGGAGGAGCCGGGCGCUCGGCGCUGCUCGACCGUCUCCAUUAUCGAGCGCAACGCCCGGGUGAUCAAGUGGCUCUAUGGCUGCCAGAGAGCCUGGGCGAUGGCCAGGGAGUCCACGGUCUGAGGGAAGGGCCCGGGCCGGCCUACAGAGGCCCCGUCCCGUCUCAAGGGCUGGGGACAGGCGACCUCCGCUCCAGCUCCGGGCCCUUCCCGGCACUGGUCACACCCGCCAGUCCUGCCUCCAGCGAAGGCAAUGGCACACCCCCCCCAUCGCUCUCAUGCGGCCUGGGGCAUGAACCGGGCAGAUCGUUCGGCCCCAGGUGAAACAGAUGCUGGUGGGGGUGCAGGUGCCCUGAGCUGGCUCCUGCCCUGGGUAUGUGCAGCUACCCACAAGCACCUUUCCACACUGGGGCUGCCAACU